GUGUUUGUUGCGCUGUCUGACUGAAGAGAAGCAAAAUCGAUUUGCACUGAGCUGGAUCCACCACCACCCUUGCUUGCUUGCUUGAUGUCAUCUUGGAAGACGGCCACGAUCGCAGACAUGUCGAGCGGUGCUGUUUACGAGAACGCCGUUCUCAUGCCCGGCACGGGCCUCUUCAAGAAGUGGAAGUUUGCCCAUGCCGUCAUGGAUGGCACAGGCACCAUCAAGAUUUACAAGACCCCCAGAGACAAGUCUCCCAUGAUCAUGAUGAAGGCCACAAACAUCGUCACCGGCGCUGAUGCCACCCCGCUCGGCAAGUGGUCCAAGAAGUUCCCCGAGACGACCCGCAUCGUGGUCACCGAUUCCGGCGGCCGCAAGCUCUGCUUUUGCAGCGCCGAGGAACCGCAAGCUGAAGAAUGGAAGAACGCCUUUACCCGUGCCAAGAACGGCGAUGCUGCUGCACCUUCCUCCUCCAGCUCGCAGCCAACACCAGCCGCCAAGCCAGCCCCUGCGCAGCAGCAGGCACCACCACCUGUAACAACGGCAGAAACCACGAAGCCUGAGCCAACGCCAGCACCCUCCAAGCCAACUCCUGCCCCGCGCAAAGCUGCACCCGCUGCCACCACCACCACCACCACCGCCGCGGCUGCCACGACGCAGGAGGAGGAGAAGCCUGCGCCUGCCAAGGCACCAGAAGCAGCCAAGCCAAAGCCAACCCCUGCGCCAAGGGCUGCGCCAACGAAGGAAGCACCGCCAGCAGCUGCGAAGAAACCAGCACCCUCCCCACCAAAGAGAACCAAGCCAUCCCCAGCACCACCAUCGACGUCGUCCACUACGACUGCUGCUGCCGCUGCUGUUGAGGAGCCGCCCGCUGUUGAGCCGUUCCCUGAUUACUCGCAGUCGAAGCUGAUUGAGAAGAUGGAGGGCGUGACGCCCAAGACGCGCCUGCAGGGUGAGAUGACCACCAUCCGCCUCUUCAUCUCCUCCACUUUUGUCGACACGCACGGCGAGCGUGACGUCCUCAUCCGCAAGGUUCUGCCUGCGUUGAACAAGGAGCUUGCGUCACGCUAUGUGCAGAUUGUGCCUGUCGAUUUGCGUUGGGGUGUGUCUGCUGAAGAGUCCACAGCUGACGCCAUCCAAAAGACCUGCCUCAACGAAAUCGAUCGCUGCCGCGUGCACGAGGACGAAAUGCCCUGGUUCCUCGGCCUGCGCUCCAAGCGCUAUGGUUGGGUGCAGGAGAAAUUCAACGAUCCGGACGACUUUGAGCACCCCGAUCGCUUUGCGUGGAUGCCCAAGGUGCAGCAGGCGCACCCUGCAGGCGUGUCCAUCACGUCCAUGGAGGUGUGGCACGCCGUGCUGGGCCAGGAGGCGGCGACUAUGGAGCAGCCACACGCCUUCUUCGCCUUCCGCGACCACGAGUUUAUGAAGGCGGUGGACGAGGACUGGCAGUGGAUCUUCGACUUUGAGUAUCUGCCGGAGAACGCGCAGGUGAAGGAGUCACUCGCCCCGCAGUACACCAAGACACCGCUCUACUCCCAAUACAAGACCGAUCUCGACACCAUCACCAGCCAGAUCCGCAGUGCCACCAAGAAGGCCAAGUCGUUUGACUACCAGCCCGGCCAGCCCAUCGUGGUGAAGGAGACGGGUCGUCUGCCCACGGGGAAGCGCUUUGGCACCGGCUCUGUUGGCGGUCUUGACUUCUUCGCAGAGAAGGUGUACGCCAUGCUGUUCUCUGCGAUUGAUGCGGAGUACCCCUCCUUUGAGACGGAGCUGCCUGCCCUGGAGCUGUCUGCUGUGCAGCACGAGCUCAUGGUGCGCUCGCGCCGCGAAGGGUUUGUUGCCCGCGACGCCGACCUCAAGUACAUUGAGGACUACGUGUUGAAGGCCAACCCCGACAACAAGGGCCUGCUCAUCACGGGCCCUGCUGGCGUGGGCAAGUCGUCGCUUGUUGCCAAGGCCGCGGAGCAGCUGAACGCCAGGGACAACGUGGAUGUUGUGUCGUUCUUCGUCGGCACCAACCCGGAGUCGUUUGAUCUCCUCGAAAUGCUCAUCUUCCUCAUCCACCAGCUCGACAAGCUGCGCGCGGUUCCGUUCUAUUUUGAGAAGAACAAACUGCAGAGCAUCUCCUACGCCCGCUCCAUCUUCCUCAAGAUGCUCACUAUGCUGGCGGACAAGGAUGCACCCAACAACCGCGUGGUGGUGAUCCUGGACGGCCUGAGCCAGAUCAACACGGAGUAUGGCGCGCGCGACGUGAAGUGGCUGCCGGCGCAGCUGCCGGACAAUGUCCGCCUUAUUGUGACGACAUCGAGUGAUGGAGACGUGCACGACAACUAUGUGGCCAACUGCGAGCCGCUGCAGUACGAGCUUGGACUGCUGGCAGAGGAGGAGGCCAAGACGCUCGUGCGCACGUUCCUGGACACGUACCACAAGAAGCUGUGCGAGGACGCAUCCAACAGGCUGCUGGGCGACCAGAUGAAGAUGCUGAUGGAGAAGCAGGAGGCGCGUCUGCCUCUGUACCUGCUUGCUGCUGCUGCGGAGCUGGUCACGUUUGGUGUGUACGAGAAGGUGACGCCAUACUUGCAAAGCAUCCCCGACCACCUGCCGCAGCUGUUCAACUUUGUGCUGAGCAAGCUUGAGGACGACCACGGUGAGGAGCUCGUGCGUGCCACCAUGUCGUACAUCGCCCUCUCCACUGAUGGCAUCAUGGAGGGUGAGCUGGUGGAGCUGAUUGAGUCGUACCCGUACACGCAGCCGCGCAAGUCGACAUUUGCACGUCUGUUUGUCAGCAUCAAGCUGUAUGUCACAUCGGGCGGCAGCGGCCUCCUUCGCGUCUUCCACGAGCCCAUUCGCAAGGUGAUCGAGGAGCGCUAUCUGUGCAAUGCCGCCACCGUGCGUGCCCUCAACAGCCGCAUGCUCGCCUACUACCGCGUCAAGGCCGAUCCAGACGGCAACCAGACUUACAACUGCGGCGCCGCCAGGCCCCUCCUCGUCCUCCCACACUUUGAGCGGGAGUGCAACGGCGAUGCUGCUGUGGCCAAGCUGCUCACCACCCCGUGGUUCCUCAAGAACAAGUCCCACCACUGCGGCCUGAAGACGCUGCGCAAGGACUUCCGCACCUUGCCCAAGUCGGACGAGUUCACGCUCGUGCACGCCAUCAACCGCACCCUCACCGUGUCCGCCACACACGUCUCCGCUGAGCCGUCCACCAUCUGCUUCCACCUGGCCGGCCGCAUGUACGGUCUCGAUCUCCCCGGCGCCAAGCAGUUUGUCGAGGGAUGCCGCGAGGUGUGCGACGAGUAUGCGCCUGUGACAACGGGUGGCCUCGUCACCCUCACUGCCACCAUCCUCAACUCCUCGGAGGAAGAGGAGGAAGCGGACACGGACUCCGGCGCCGGUGGUGGCGUCACCUUCCGCAAGGGCCUCGUUGGCAGCGUGUCGUGUGGUGGCGGCAUGCCUGCUGUGGCCAUCAGCCCGCAGGCCAACGCCCUCUUCGCCGUGUGUCCAGGCAACAAGAUGUUCACGUACUCGCUGCCGGACCUCGAUGUUGAGGUGGAGCAGACGAUUUACGGCCAUUACGGCGCCAGCCCCGUCUACACCCAGGAUGGCAAGUACAUGCUGACGUGUUCUGGACCCAUCAUGGAGGUUCCCGAAUCGGUCAUCAAGGUCUACGAAUCCAACUCCGGAACAUUCAUCCGCGACCUCUCCGGUCAUGCACGCCCAAUCUCCAAGGCCAUGGUCCUCAGCACGGGCGAGGUGGUGACGUGCUCGUGGGACAAGACGAUUCGCUUCUGGAACGUGAGCACGGGCGAGAACACCCGCACGUACACGGGCGACGCCCCAAUCCAGUCCAUGACCAUCCUCGAAAACAAGGACCUGAUUGUGUACGGCAACCACAACGACGAUAUCGUUGCCAUCAAGCUGUCUGACCUCUCUGAGGUGAAGCGCAGCGCCAAGGAGACGGACAUCUCCACCAUGGCUGCGUCGUCCCCGAUGGCCGCCAAGCUCGAGAUGGCAAGCGGCGACGACUGGUUUGCCAUCGCCUACAGCUACUCCAACCUCAAGGUCUUCAGCGUGCCUGAUCUCACCGGGCGCAAGAUCGACCUCACGGACCACGGCCACACCAUCUACUCCAUCGCCCCGCUUGGCGGCAAGUUCCUGGCGCUGGCGUGUGGUGACGACCUUGCCAUCAUGGACACGAGCAGCGAUACAGUGCUGCGCAAAUAUGUGACCAACAGCAACACCAUCAGCUCCAUCGCCACGCUCCCCUCGCACCAGGUUGUCGCAGUCAGCGGCAACGACAUGAGCGUCAAGGUGUUUGGUGUUGAGCUGACCAAGGCUUCCGCCAGCGAAGUCGCUGAGGCAGAGAAGAAGAAGGAGGCGCAAGAGAGCAAGGAGGAUCGCAACCCGCUGCUCAAGGGGUUCGUGUGCGACCUCUCCAGCCCAAAGCUCUACUCCAGCGGCGACACCGUUUAUGGCAUUGACUCUUCACAAGUCGUUGCGUGCAAUGUCAAGACGGGCCUGAUCACGGAGAAGUGGAGCGGGCCCAACGAGCACGACCGAGCCAUCUCCCUCAGCUCCGUCGCGCAAGCGCCCAACGGGAACAUUGUCAUCGGCAGCUACGACGGCAAAGUUCGCACGUUCUCCUCCGACUUCAAGUCGAUGGUGCUGAAGGAGAGCCCGAAGAGCGACAAGCACGUGACGUGCGUGAUUCCCCUCGCCAAUGGCACAAUUGUUGCUGGCGACUACGCCGGCACCAUUCGCUGGAUCGACGGCAAAUCAGGCAAACUCCUCAAGAAGAAGGAGCUGAAAGUGGAAGCAGAGCUGUUUGGAUGCAGCAAGCCCGGCUCAAACGAGUUUGUGAUUGUGCACGGUGCCAAUGCCAUUCGCUUCGACAACCAGAAGGAGGUUGCGAAGAAGACGUAUCCUGGCGAUUACAUCCAGAUCAAGGCGCCCUACCUCAAACCAAACAUGAAGCAGCUCGUCAUGAUCCAGGGAUUCAAGGUCGGCAUGUACGAUUGGAAGACGCUCGACGAGAUCUCAACCGUCGCCGUCAGCCAGUCGUCGUACCAUCAGCACGGCGCCAUGAACGCAGACGGCACACGGUACGCUGCUGUCUCUGGACAGAUGAACGAAGUGAAUGUCUUUGACAUCUCUGGCGAUGAAAUCAAGCCGCUCAUCUGCCUCUUCUCUGAGAUUUACCUCUCGGGUCUCGCUUACGUCGGGGACAACCUUAUUCUGACGGGCACGGCCGCCAACCUCUUUGGCUUCUUCUGCCUCAAGCCCACCGCCCACAAGGGCAACUGCGAACCACGUUGGCUCACAGUGAAACGCGAUGAUGAGAAGAAAUACGAGGAGUUUGGCAAGGCGCUCAUGGAGAAGGACUUUGACACUGUCAAGGAGCUGCUCACCCCAGACAUCGACAUCAACCUGCCAUCCCCGGACUUUGGCAUGACGAUGAUGCACACCGCCGCCUGCCGCAAGAAGGACGACGUUGAGGAUGUGAUCAAGCUGCUCAUCGACGCUGGCGGCGACCUCUCGGUCAAGAGCUUCACGGGCCAGACACCGUUUGCCAUGUCCAUCAGCGUGAAUCCAAAAGCAACUGAGGCCAUGCUCAAGUAUGACGUGGAAGUGAACGCGGUGGACAACAUGGGGAUGACGCCCCUCAUCACCGCCAUCAGCAUGCGCAAACCCGAGCUCGUCAAGCUUCUCCUCAAGAACGGCGCCGACCCGUCUGUCAAGAACUCCACCGGCCAAACGACUGUCGCCCUUGCGGUCAACCUUGACGAAGACAUUGCAAGAAUGCUGAUGAAGACGGGCAAGGUGGACCUGAACCACAUUGACAACUCGGGGAUGUUUGUGCUGUAUACGGCGGUGUCGAUGCAGAAGUACGAUCUUGCCAUCGACCUCAUCAACGCUGGCGCCGACCCGAAGCUCCAGUCAAAGAUCACGCCCAUCUCGCUGUACGAGACGCUGGGCAUGGCCGCCUCUGGUGCGCAGGGCGCGCAGCUGGAGUCGCUCAAGAAGCUGCAGAAGCUCAUGAAGAGCAAGGGCUGCACCGUCUCUGACACGUACAAGACGUGCGUCCCCGACUGGUUCUGAAGCGUGUCAAACGCGUUUUCCAAGAAGAGAAACAAGUGGCUGGAGGACAACAACAAACAACGCUCCUUCCUGCCUUCCACUUCUCCUUCUUCUUCUUGUUCUUCUUGUGCACCGCCCUCUCACCUGCCUCUCCUCUCCUUGCUUGUUUGCUUGACUUGUUGUCGUUGUUGUUGUGGUUGUGAGCGAAACAUCAUGCUCGCGGCUGUUGGCAGCGCAGCUGUGCUCUGCGUCUGCUUGUUACUGGGCCAUGUUGUCCGCGCUCGCCUCUGGUGGCUCAGGUUGUUGCCUGCCUGCCUGCCUGCUUGCCUACUGUUGUGCUGUUGUGCUUGUUGUUUCUGUGAUGGUACUGGUUGGCGUGGUGAUGAUGGCUGUGCGCUGUCACACUGUGUGCUGUCCCGUGCCACGCUGUUCCUUGCUUCUGUUGCUGAUGAUGAUGACCAUAAACGCUGGCACCGCCAACGCCUGCUGUGCGCGCGUACUCUUGUGUUGUGUUCACAAAGAUGCAUAUGUGAUGCGUGUGUGUGCGCCCCCUCACACAAAGCAUCAACUGCGCGUACGUGCGUCAAACGCUGCCGUUCUGUCAACGAUCGUGUCAUGUUGCUCUCACUGCAGGGCCGUGUACAUACCGGCGUC